AUGUACUCCCCGCGCCGACACUUCUGCAUAUCUUACCCGUCCCCGAAGAAGCUGAGCGACGUCGUGAAGCUUCCCUUGUUGCGUCUGAAAAGCCGAGAAGAAGUUGCAAAGAUUUGGGCCGAGCAUUUCCGCACCAAGACACUCAGCGUCGCAGCCAGCACGGGACACGAUGCGUUUGAACGCUUGGCAUCCAACGCGCAAGUCGCCCCUCACUUUGUUGUGCCUCUUCCCCGAGGUGAAGGCGGCGCUUCGUUUGAGACGUUUUUCAUUCAGUUCCAAGGCUCGCGCACCUGCCUCAUCACGUCGCUUCACGAGUACACUCAGAAUCCAGACCGACCCUCGCCCUUUCUCGUGGUCACGUUUUUCGACGAGUUAGGGGAAGAGAAGAAUCUCACUUUGGUCCAGGGCGACAUUCUGAGGGGCGAGUGUCUCUCGAAGGAAGAGGCUGGCCACGUGCUCAGCCUUCUGCUUCUCUUCUAUUCCGAUCCCAAUCUGUCGAGAUGGGUCUUGGACUUCAAUUUGAAGCCUCGCGAGUUCUCCUUUGAGCUUUUCCAGGACGAACAGCGCCGAGGGUUCAACCUUCUGCUGCAAGUGCCUCCGAGUCUCGAGAACUCGGGGGAGUAA